AUGGAAUCAUUUUUAAGUACUGCUGAUUUAUUUAGAGCCUCUCCAUUGGUUUUUUGGUGCUGGGUAUCCAUAGAGCUAUCUGUUCCAAGUGAAUUUCCUCCUUCUGUUCGCUCAACAUUUCAAAUUCGAAGCUCAUGAUUUCCCCUCCCUUGCAUUUUGUCGUAUAAGAUUCCAGCACUGGUUCCUUAGGCUUCGUAAGCUAUCUAACCAUGCAAUAGAGCCAAAUGAAACGCUUGCACACAGUUUGUUUCCAUCAUGCAGUUGAAAGAAGAAGGGUGAUUUAUACUAGACAUUGGUUCUCUUCCUCAUUGAAAGCUUUGCCCAUUCUCUCGAAGAUUAGAGAGGGCCCAUCAGUAUGCCAGAAAAAUUGAGAUCCUCCGGUGUGACUUUGAAGAGUCAAUAUCAUCUGAUGGAUAUCAUCUAUUAAGUAAUUAUGCUAUCACAAUCAUAGACUGAAUGCUCAUUGAGAGAAUGCACUGUGCUCAUCUCAGUAUCUAAUCAGUUUGGGUAGUCUGCCAUGAAUUUACAGAGAUUAAAAAGCUUUGAUAGGAAAGUUCCCAUUGUCUUGCAAUUGGUGGAUGAUUAAUGGAUGCUACGCCUCUGUUGAAGUUGUUUAGUCUGCGAAGACUUUCUUGGACCUCCAGUACUGUCGGAGACCACAAGGUACAUUGGUGUUUCUUUUAAUUAUUCCUAGUUUAAAAAUUCUACUCCGGUUGGCAUCUCUGCCUCCCAUAAGAGCAGCCGUGUUGGUUUGCAGGCUGCAUUGCCUGUCACAGAAGUUGAAUCGUUUCAAUUAGAAAUUGCUGAUGCAGAAGAAAGAGAAGCUCAUCUGAAAGCCAAGUAAAUUCUUCCGGACUUCCAUUUUUUAUCAUAGUAAAUUAAGGCCCUGAUUCCAUCGGAUAUCAUACAUCCUCCUGCCUCAAUGUUACGAAAUAUAUUCCUACAUCCUUCUUCCUCAAUGUUACGAAAUAUUUACCUUAUUAUAAUUUCCUCGUAUUCAGUAAACACUUCUUUGUGUCUUAUAUUGCGUAUUGAAUCAUUUAUGCUCUCUGGAGUAAUGAACUUAGAUGUUGAUUCGUUUGGACAAAAUUAUGAGCUCACAUGGAUCCUGCCUCGUUCGGCAUUCUCUGCAUGGGCCUUUUUAGUAGGCUUUUUUCGGUUUUCGCUAAUAUUAUUUUAACUCCAUUUAGAACACUACUCAGAUCGGCAUGUUUGCCAAGGGCAUACAUUGCAGCAUGCACCUCACAUCUCUAGACUUCUCUCUUUUUCCAUUAGAUUAGCACUUCUCAGUUGCUUCCUCCCCGAUUAUGUGACAUCACGUUGGCCUAAUUUUCGUGAGUUUGACAUCCAUAUUGCUCCAUAUAAAGUACUAAGCGCCAGUGCCUUGUGAGAUGGUAGAAACUUGUGUUCAAUGUACUAAGUGCCAGUGCCUUGUGAACCUACGUCAGAAAUUCCAAGAGAACCCCGUUCGAGUACUUACUGAUCAUAGUAUGGAAAACUUGAUGAUGCUCGAUAAACUGUGAUUGGUCAUUGUUCAUUCGUUUUUCUUUAAACAGCCUAUUCUGUAUUCCAUCAAAACGAAGAAUCCUCGUGGGGGUGAAACUUUCGAUUAAGAUGUUUUCAUAUCUGCCUCUUUUCGUGGUAUAUAAUGCUUUUGAGAUCAAGUGUUUCAGAACGUUCUUUAGAUGACCAUAGUGCUCACAAAUGUGGGUUUUGGAACACAAAUGAGGCACUUGAAACUUGUGAUUAUUCAGAGCAAAUCAUUUGGGUUAUCUAACAAAAAAGUGUUUGAUUGUUUAUAUUUCUGGAUUUAUUGGAGAAAUAUAAAAUACAGUGCAGAGAAUAAAGUACUAUUUUAUCUUCUCUUAUUAUUCUUUAUACUAUCAUUCAAUUCUACUUUUACUUGUAUUUCUUUGAAGAUUGGGUUUUUUUUUUAUUCUUCUCAUUCAAUUCGUCACAUUAUCUCCCAUUAGAGUUAAACUUCUCCACUUUUUACCAAAUUUAUUGGUUGCACCUCUUUUUUACUCCUCAGAGAGCUUAUAGUUUCUCAUUGGGACUGCUGUUUCUUCAAAAAAAAUUUCCAGAUUAGACCAUGUUGAUGGGAUUCUGAGAUCUGCUCGUCUUGCUGACUACCUAUAUGUUAGAACUGUAAGAAUUCAAUUUAGCAUUUGAUUGUGGAAGGUAUAUAUUUUAAUUCAUAGUAAAGACUUUGAAAAUUUUCAAAUUUCUUCCACAUUCUAGAGAUGGACAGAGCUGCCUGGGGAGCCUCCAAUAAUAGAUGAUACUGAGGUAGAUGACUGGCUUCCCCAGUUUGUGGUCUUUAGCGACUCAUGCAUCCUCUACUACCAGAAAUCCACCGGUAAUGAUUUUUUUCAUGUGAUCUGCUGCUUUAGUUGGUCUCUAGGCUAGCUUGUGAUCUGUUAUUUCAGCAGACUUUAUGACUAGCAUGGCAUCUCUAGGAUCAAUGCAGGGUUAGGUUUAGGAGAUCUUAGGAGACCCAUAGGAUAGGAUUCUCAUGAUCUCCGAAACAGUGUACUGAAACCCUCUUGAAGGCUUUCGGAGUUGGUUUUUCGUUCAGACUCUAAAACCCUAGAGGCUCUCUACCCUUUCUUCUUUACAAUGCAACUCUUCCUCUGCUAAUCAGAUCUGCAUCAAUAGGCAAAAGCUAGCUAAAAAAUCGUUUAUCAGCCAUGGCUAAAUGCAUUCUGCUGGCUUGCUGCAGACUUGAGCCCUCAAGACUCCAUCUUAUUAUCCGAUGUUGUUGAAGUGGGCCUGCUCCCGAGCUUUGAGAGAGGAGAUCAAGAAAUAUUGCAUGGGUUCUUCAUCUUGACCAGUCGAGGAUCAAAGUCUGAGUGUGCGAGUCUCUCUAAGGUACAGGUGAGCUCUUAUUCCCAUCACGCUUUAUAUUUUAGAGCGAGAGAGAGAGAGAGAGAGAGAGAGAGAGAGAGAGAGAGAGAGAGAGAGAGAGAGAGAGAGAUCUCAGAGUAAUGAGGACUGGAAAGAACGAAUGAGAGACAGGUGGAAAGGGCCAAAAACCCAAUCUUGGCUCACUCUAGGGGCUUUUGUAUGCCCUGAGAUUGAGGUAGUCAUAGCUAGGGAGGCAAACGGGCUGGGCCCGAUCUUGUGAUAGGCCCAUCAUAGGCCCAGCUCUUUAUAUCUGGGCCAAUAGAAAAGUUUCUGAAUGGGGCUCGAGCCCAUACCCCCGCGAAGGCGUGGUUGCUCGGAGAAGGCUUCUGGGUAUGGCUCCUCUUUGUCUGUGGACUAAAAUAUUUAAAGAGAGAGCCCGGAAUAAUUGGGCCCGGGCUGGCUUCUGGACUUAUCUUACCCAAAUUUAAUAAGAUCCUUCCCCGCCAAACACUUUCUGAUCCCGAAUUCUUUUUCUAUUUCUAGGUGGAUUCGUGGUUGACUACGCUGCAGCUAAUGGGAUGCCACGUAGGAUCUACAUCAGAUCCAGAUGAGUUGACCGAGUAA